AUGGCAAAUAUAAUUCAAGUGAUUGAAGAGAUAUUGUUCUCCUAUGAUUUGCAACUAUUUGUAUUUGAGAUAGUUUUGGCAAGAAAAAAUACAGUAUUUGGUGAUUAUUAUAUUGAUUCAAUUGACGAUGACGAUGAUCAAAUUAAUGGAAGUGAUAGCGAAGAAGAUGAUAGUUCUUGUGAUGAUGAUAAAUUACUUGAUAAAAGAACCAUAUCUGUUAGUUAUAUCUCUACAACACCAAGCCGAAUCAAUGUUCUCACUAUUCUUGCUCAAUUACUAUUAGUUUCAAAACGUGUUUUAGUAACUAUUAUCCAGUACAAAGAGCUGGCGAAGUCUUUAAAUCCAUUACUUGAAAUAUUUAAUGAAAAAAGUUUGAACAAGGAAAGAAUUAAUAUAAUUAGAUCAUCUAUGCUAGAUAAAAUAAUUGAUUUUUUAAAACCAUGGACUCAUGUAAUGAAACGUAUUCAAUCAUUGCAAGUAUCAUCAACACAUACUGUAACACCAACUACUGCUCGUGUUUUAGCUGUACCAGCUGCCAGUGCAGCAGUUGAAUGCGAGUUCAGCUUUACUGAUAAUACUAUUACACAAAAGCGCUCAAAAUUAUCACCAGAUUCAAUAAUCCAUCAUAAUGCAGUCAAUACUUAUGGGAUUAAUUUUUAUCCAACGUCGUUUGAAUUUGAUCGAAUCAUAGUUGCCAUCAAAAAAACAUAUGCAACAUUUAGUAAAAUAUUCAAUGAACAUAUGAUAUUUUUAGCAUCAGUAUUAAGACAGAAAUUUUCUCGUGGUCGACAAAAAAAGAACAAUCCGAGGAUUCUUGAAUGCAAUUAUGUCAACAAGUCGAAUCAAUGUAUUAUUUUAAUUAAUACAACAAAUAAUAAUGAUAGUCCAGUUAAAAUUGAAAUGGAUAUUACUUUUAUCAGUAACCAAUUGCAGCUCAUUCAUAAAAUCAAAUCAAUCUCCAUUAUGAUUCAUGAAUUAAAAAUAUAUAAUUAUGAAGGAAGCAAUUGA